AUGGGCAGGACCGCCCAACCCAGCGCAACCACAUGGCUGACGGGCGUGGCGAAAGAUGAGGAGGAAGAAAACGAUGAAGAGUAUGCCAACCCACCGCCCCUGGUCGCAACGCACUUGGUGGAGGUUGCCAAGGACGUGAACUACCGAAAGGACCUCGACAGCGACAACGACAUUUAUGAGAUUGACAAGAUGGUCGACGGUGCGAACACUACCUAUGAUGAAAAGCGGAUGCAAAAUUUCGUCGCGCGACUGGCAAAGACCAUCAACAUACUCCGCGCCCAGAGAGCCGACUUGCAAGCUCAGCUCUCUUCGGCAAAGUUAACGAGCACCAACAUCGAACCCGUCGCAACCGUCGCAACUGAAUCUCCUACGCGCAUCAACAACGAAGAGCUCACCGCCGAACUCUCGGCAAUGAACAUAGACGUUGACGAGAACGCACCACGUGAACACGGGUGUCCUUGGAGGGUGGGCGCGCCGUGCCUACCGCCUACAUCCCCAUCCCGACGGGGGUCGGAUGCCGAGGCGCCUGUACGACGCUCUGGGAUCCCGGUUGGGCGACGUUUCUUGGAGGCUUUGGAGGUGGAGAAGGAAGAGGAGGAGUCCGCUGCGGCGGUGAGGGAAGAAUGGCACGAUGCGAGGAUGCGGGAGUUGGAGGGGGUUGAGGAGGAAGAGGGAUCCAAGGCGGAGAGAGAGGGGGAGGACGAGUAUGAGGAGGGUGAAGGGGGUGAAGGGGAGGAUGACGAGAUGAGGGACGCUGUCGCAACAGACGACCCGCACGCGGAAGCGGGAUGGGGAAACUUCUCUUCGGAGAGAUCCAGCGAAGGUAUCGAUGUCAUGGACUCCGCCGAUACCAAAGAAGAGGAGAGGCGUGACGCCGAGAGGGAGCAGGAAGAGAUGGAGUUGUGA